AUGGAUGUUCGUCAACCUAUAAGAGAAGCCGUCAAUAACAGAAGGAAACCGAAAUUCUUGAGUGUCUCGUUCAACCAAGAUGAUUCGUGUUUCAGCGUUGCAUUAGAGAAUGGAUUCCGCAUCUUCAAUACGGAUCCAUUGACCAACAAGCUGUCAAAAACAUUUAAGGAGUCUUUGGCCAAUCAAUCCAGGGGCACCGGGAUUGGCUACACCAGAAUGCUCUAUCGUACAAACUACAUUGCCCUUGUUGGAGGUGGUAAAAGGCCGAGGCAUGCCCUGAAUAAGCUCAUCAUUUGGGAUGAUCUUUUGCAAAAGGAGACGAUAACUUUGAAGUUCAUGUCUUCUAUCAAAGAUGUUUUCCUGUCCAGGAUCCAUAUUGUAGUGGUGCUGGAAAACACCAUAGAAAUCUUCCAAUUUCAAACAAACCCGCAAAGAAUUUGUCCCAUUCUGGAUAUUCCUUCCAAUGGAUCCGUGGACUAUGUAGUUUGUAGCAGUAAACACCUCCAAUCACAAACCUCAUCUCAAUCACAGUCCAAGAUCGUGGAAAUCAUUGCAUUCCCAUCGAGUAAGUGUAUAGGCCAGAUUCAGGUAGCCGAUCUGUCACAAAUAAAGCAUAAUUCUCAGAACCCGACAGAAUCAGCACUUUUACCUACCUCCAUCAUUAAAGCUCACAAGAAUCAGAUCAAGCUGGUCAGGAUAAACCAUCAGGGUACCAUGGUAGCCACGUGUUCUGUCCAAGGUACUCUAAUAAGAAUAUUCAGCACACAUAAUGGCAGUUUAAUCAAAGAGUUCAGAAGAGGCAUGGACAAGGCGGACAUUUACGAAUUGAGCUUCAGUCCCAACGGUAGCAAGCUAGCGGCGCUGUCAAAUAAGCAAACGUUGCAUGUCUUCCAAAUUUUUGAAACAGACAAUGGCGACACGAAAUCACAUGAUCACUCGCACGACAAUGGUACGAGUCAUCCGUUGAAAAAUUACAUACCAAAGGGUUUGUGGAGACCUAAAUACUUGGACUCCGUGUGGUCAAUAUGUAAUGUUCAUUUGAAAAAUCCAGUUUUUGACGCUCAUAGAAGUGCUAAUAGUGGCGAUGCAACGCACGACAAUGGGUUUUACAAGGACAGAUGCAAGAUUGGUUGGUGUCGGGAUGUCAAUAACCAAGAUCAAGAUGAUUCGAUGGUUCUGGUGUGGCAAAACUCUGGAAUAUGGGAAAAAUUUGUCAUUUUGGAAAAGGAGCAACAGCAAGUCUCAUCGAAAACGCAUUAUUCAUUGGAAGAAAGUUUAAGAAACGAUGAUUCGAGACCAGUGCAUGAGCCAACCAGAUGGGAACUGUUGAGAGAAUCGUGGAGAGAACUUUAA